AUGUCGGACCGCAGGCGUGGAGGCGGCAAGUCCCCAGCUCCGAGGGUUUCUUUCUCGACGGACUUCGUGGGAUGCAAGAAGUGCGGCUACCGGUGGACCUACAAGAACAAGCAGUCGUGCUACAGCUGUGGGCAGGCCCUGCGACCAUCGUACUCCCCUGCUCCCAAGCCCCGUGGCGUCUGGGCUAGCGGCAGCAGAGGCUGGUGGCAGGACAACCGCAAAGGUCAGGCCGACUGGUACCAGGACGUCGAGGAGACCGCGCAGAGGACCGAGCCGCUCGCGAUCGGCGAGGUGGUGCAGACCCUUGGCGGGCAGGCCGUCUCGGAAACCCAGCGGCAGGCGCUCCAGCAGCUCGAGAGCGCCUUCGCCCCACCGCCCCCUGCAGAGCGCCCCGCGCUCCUGGAGGAAGGCAUCCAGCGGGCGGCUGCGGCGGAGAGGGCUGCUCGUCGGGAGCUGGAGAAGCGUGCCAAGCAGCUGGCCGACGCCAAGCUCUGGCUCGACGAGUGCCAGUCUCGCUCCGAUGCGGCGGCGGACGCCCUGGUGGUCGCGGAGGACAAGCUGGCGCAGGAGAGGAAGGCGUUGUCGGCUCCAGCCAAGGAUCCUCAGCCUGAGGGGUCCAACAAGGGCGGCGGGGUCAUCAACCUCUCUGCCCUGCUGGGCGAAGGCGAAGCCAGUUUUACCUUCAAGAAGCGCAGGCGCGAGGACCCUCCUGCGGCUGCGGCGGCAGCAGAGGCGCCAGCGCCCCAGAGCCCUGAGGGAGGCCCGCCACAGGCGCCUGCCCAGGCCAAGCGCGAGGACCCUCCUGCGGAGGCGGCGGCUGCAGAGGCCCCAGCGGCCCAGAGCCCCGAGGGAGGCCCGCCGCAGGCGCCUGCCCAGGCCUCCCAGGAGGCCCAGCAGGCUGCCCAGCCCGCCGCGGGGCCGCAGGGAUCCCAGGGCGCGACGCCAGGCGCUGCCAGCGCUGAUGCUGGCCCUGAUGCUGGUCGUGAAGCAGCUGGCAAGGAGCUGGCGGACGCCCUGCAGCGCGCCGGGGCUCGCAGGGCGGAGGCAGAGGCCAAGCCAUCUGGCUUCCACGGCUGCAGGUACCCGUGCACAAUGCUCUACAUGGUCGGGCUCAUGGCACGAGUCCAGCACGUGGCAGGCUCUCAGCAGGAGCCACAGGCGGGGCAGGAGCCGCACUUCUGCUCGCGAUGGUCAAGUUCACCGAAGACUGGCCCCCCACGUCGCCGCGGCAAGGGCGGCACGCGCAAUGUGGGGCUCGAGUUCAUAGGCUUCAAUUGUUCUUCUUGGGCGCAGGCCAUCGAUGUUUUGGACGAGGCCGCCACAAGGAAGAUCGUUGGCCCCAUGCACAUCACUUUCCUUCAAGAGCAUAAGCUGAGUGCGCCCAUUGCCAAGGACAUCGAGGCGGCCAGCUUCAACAGGCAUUGCACGGCAGCAUUGGAGCAGGAGUACUGGUGCCACGGCGACUGCGUCUGGAGGCCCCGCUCCGGGAGGUGCGUGGCGCGCCCAGUGCAGGCGAUACCCGAGCUCGACAGCCUGCUGGGGGAGCUCUGCUGGCUGGGGCGCCAGCUGGAGGGCAAAGCGCGCGGCGGCGGCGGAGACAGGGACGGCGACAACGAGACGCUCGCCAGGGUGUGCUGA